AUGCAUAUUUCCCGUUGCGGUAUUCAUGGCUUCCAUGAGGUUCUCGGCAUCGAUGCCGAUGAGAUUCGUUUCUAUUGGGCUAUUGAGACAGAUGUGAAAGGCGAAAUUCAACGCGCUUAUCAAAUUUUACUUUCAACAGACUCUGAAUCCCUGGAAUCUCAAGAUCCCGACAAGUCAAAGCUCGCAUGGGACUCUGGUCGGAUAGAAGGCAACGCUCAAAGGAACGUUUUGUGCAAAUUGCCAGACGGCUUCAAAUCAACCUGCAGUUAUUUCUGGCGAGUGUGUGUUUGGGAUAGUUCCAAUAAUGUACACCAAAGCUCGAUUCAGCACUUUUUCACGGGAUACCCACGAUCUCGCCUGCUACCGCCCUACAGUAUGAAUCAAACAUACAUGCCUCAUUCCAGCCUCAUUUUCCGGACCUGGUUCGAAAAUGAACAUGAUCGAUGGAAGGCAGUUUGGAUUGGAGAUGGAGGUGACAAGCCUAUUUAUCUGAGAAAAUCAUUUCCACUCAAGCGCCGACCGACUCGCGCAAUUCUCUUUGCUUCUGGAUUAGGACAUUUCAACAUGACUGUUAACAGCCGUGCAGCUUCCAACCACCGCCUCGAUCCUGGCUGGACCAAUUACCACCGCAGAGUCCAAUUCACAUCUUAUGAUGUAACUGAGCAUUUGAAUUUGGGAGAAAAUGCCCUAGGCGCUCACGUGGGCAAUGGCUUUUACGCUGGAGACAAGGGAGAAGAUCGCUUCUUCUGGCCCAUGUAUGAAGACAAUACCUAUGUUCGAUAUGGGAACGAGCUUUGCUUAUUCUGUGAGCUACACCUCUUUUACAAGGAUGGUACAAGUGAGACUAUCAUUUCGGAUCCCACCUGGAGCGUCCGAAAAAGCGCGACAACGUUGGCCAACAUCUAUGCCUCAGAAACUCAUGACCGACGACUUUAUCCUCAUGGGUGGGAUAGCCCCGCCUUUGACAACAGCAGUUGGGCUCCAGCUAAGCCUCUCACCGGACCUAGAGGCCAUCUAUCUUAUCAGACCCAGCCACCUGUUGUGUUGCACGAAACAUUCGAGCCUGUGAGAAGAUACUCUCCUAAACCAGGAGUGGUCUGCUUUGAUCUUGGUCAAAAUGCAUCCACAAUGGUCCAGAUUAUUGCUGAGGGUGCUUCAGGUUCCGAGAUUAUUGUUCGAUAUUCCGAGACUGUUGACGGGGAGGGUCUUGUUCUUAUGCCGGAUCCUCUUUUCAAGGAGUUCGAAACAGGCGUAUUUUCCAGAAUUUAUCUUGCGGGUGACGGCAAGCCUGAAACAUGGGAACCUGACUUCAGUUUCACAAGUGCACGAUACAUUCAGGUAGAAGGCGUUUCUCUAAACCCAGGCGAAGACCUCCCUGUUAUUCAUUCUGCCGUGGGGCGUCAUAUCUCAUCGGCUGCUAGAAGACUCGGAACUAUGAAGACAGAUAAGGAGGAUGUGAACUCUCUACUGAACGCUCUGUUUUGGACUUUCAACAGCAACCUCUUCAGCUACCACACCGACUGCCCACAAAUCGAGAAAUUCGGUUGGUUAGAAGUAACUCAUCUUCUGGCGCCUGCAACCCAGUACAUUCGUGACAUGGAGUCGCUGUAUACUAAGAUCCUGGACGAUAUCCUGGACGCACAAGAGCCAAAUGGCCUUGUUCCUACUAUGGCUCCAGAGAUUCGGUAUAUGUGUGGUCCCCUCCAUGACACUAUUACCUGGGGAUGCGCUUUAUGUUUUCUGCCAGAUAUCCUGCUAAGAUAUUACGGCUCCACACAUUUUAUUGCUAAGGCGUAUCCUGCGGCUGUGAGGUAUAUGGAGUACAUGUAUACUAAAGAGCGCAAGGGAGGACUGAUUGAACAUGGGCUCGGUGACUGGGGCCGCGAUAUUGCUUUUGGAAACCAUCAAGCCAACAUCGAAACGGCUAUCUACUAUCGCUGUCUUCAAUGUGUUGAAAUGAUGGCUCGUGAGCUUGGAAAGGUGGAAGAAGCACAAAGAUUCAAUCAGUGGGCGGCGAGAAUCUACAAUGUCUACAAUCAGCACCUCCUCGUGGCGGAUGAUCCAUCCCGUCCUUACGCCUACUACACCUCAUUGGAUAACUUCCCAGAGCGUGAUCGAACCACCAUCGCCCAGGCAAUGGCCCUGCAAUACGGAUUGGUUCCGGAUGAGCACAAGAAAGAUGUCAUGGCUGCAUUUGUUGAUGAUGCCUCAGAUGGAAAAAUCCGCGCCGGAGAGAUUGGCUUGCGGUAUCUUUGGAAUACGUUGGCCGAUGCCAGACGUCCCGAUCUUGUGCUGCAAAUGGCCAGACAGGAAGAGCAUCCAUCCUAUAUGCGAUUCAUUCGUCGUGGAGAAACCACGAUUUUGGAGUUUUGGCAGGAUGAGUGCCGUAGCAAGUGUCAUGACAUGCUAGGAACGAUAUAUGAAUGGUUCUAUUCUGCUGUUUUGGGAUUGAAGCCUAUCGAGAAUGCCUACCGCACUUUUCAGAUCGAUCCUGCCUACGAAGCAGAGUUUGACUACGUCGAGGGCACUGUGGAUUGCCCUUUUGGUUUGAUUUCUGUCAAGUUUCAACGAGAAGGCUCCAAGAUGACCUUGAACAUCCAGGUUCCAUUUGGGACUUCCGCGAUUGUUAAGCUGCCCCAGGGUGUGACAGAGGCGCAAGUUGCCCGAGAAGGAGAAGUGGCGCAGAAGUUCUCUGGUGAUAAGAUUCGACUCGACCAUGGUCGUUACGAGAUUCAGAUUUAG